AUCACUCAAAUUGUGCUGGGCUGAAGCAGAGCUGAAAGGGCAGAAGGCCAAGAAGGAAAGAGCAAAGUGUAACUGGAAAAAUGGAAACUUUUUCUGGCGGUGAAGCAAACUUAAGGGGAAACAGCAAGUUGGAGCUCAUGAAUUUACAAACAGAGGAGAUUGUGAAAAGGAGCACCCUUCAGAAAUAUAAGAUACUCUGUGCUGUUCUUUUAGUUUCUCUGGUGGUUGUAGCUCUCGGACUAGGUUUGGGACUUGGACUGAGGAAAACAGUACAACCACAAGUGAGCUGCAGAUACAAAUGCAACGAAACAUUCAGUAAAGAGACGGCUGGCUGUAGCUGCGACGACCAGUGUACCAAACGGCAAGCCUGCUGCUGGGAUUAUGAGGCUACCUGUGUGGCACCAACUCAGAGAUGGACUUGCACUGCAUCGCGCUGUGGUGAGACACGAAUGGCCAGAAGUUUGUGCUCUUGUUCUGAUGACUGCUUGGAGAAAAAAGAUUGCUGCACGAACUACAAAAGCGCUUGCAAAGGAGAAACAUCCUGGCUGAAAGAUACAUGUACUUCUUCUAACACUGCUCAGUGCCCAACAGGGUUUGAUCGGUCGCCCCUUAUUCUGUUUUCAAUGGAUGGCUUUAGGGCAGAGUACUUGGAAACAUGGAGUGCUUUACUGCCAAAUAUUGAAAAGCUCAAAACCUGUGGGACACAUGCAAAAUACAUGAGAGCUGUUUAUCCAACCAAAACUUUCACAAACCACUAUACGAUAGUUACUGGUUUGUACGCAGAAUCUCAUGGAAUCAUUGACAACAAUAUGUACGAUGUCUACUUAAACCAGAACUUCUCGCUUUCUGGGAGUGCCAAGUCGAACCCUGCCUGGUGGGGUGGACAACCUAUUUGGCAUACAGCAAUGUAUCAGGGCUUGAAAGCCGGCACUUACUUUUGGCCUGGAUCUGAUGUAAACAUCAGUGGAUCAUUCCCUAAUAUAUACAAGUUGUACAACAAAUCAAUUAUAUAUGAAAAAAGAGUUACAGAGCUACUGCAAUGGCUUGAUCUUCCCAAAUCUGAGAGGCCAGAUUUCUAUACUUUGUAUAUUGAGGAACCUGACACAUCUGGACACACAUUUGGACCACUUAAUGGCGGAACAAUUCAGGCCUUACAACUGGCAGACCAGGCCCUGGGAAUGUUAAUGGAAGGCCUCAAACAAAGAAACCUGCACAACUGUGUCAAUCUGAUAGUUCUGGCUGAUCAUGGCAUGGAUAAGACCUUCUGCAACCAGCUGGAAUAUAUGACAGAUUAUUUUGCUCAAAUUAAUUUUUAUAUGUAUGAUGGUCCGGCACCUCGUAUCCGAUCAAGAAAUAUUCCGACAGACUUUUUUACAUUUGAUUCAGAAGGAAUUGUCAAAAACCUCACAUGCCGAAAGCCAAAUCAACACUUCAAAGCCUACUUGACUCCAAACUUACCAAAGCGUUUGCAUUAUGUGAACAACGUUCGUAUUGACAAAGUUCAUCUCAUGGUGGAUCGGCAGUGGUUGGCUGUGAGGUCCAAAAGUUUUACAUUUUGUGGUGGUGGUAACCAUGGAUAUGACAAUGAAUUCAAAAGUAUGGAGGCCAUCUUUGUAGCACAUGGACCAGGAUUUAAGGAAAAAACUGAAGUGAAGGCUUUUGAAAACAUUGAGGUUUACAACUUAAUGAGUGACCUACUUGAGAUCAAACCAGCUCCCAACAAUGGAACACACGGAAGCUUGAAUCACCUUCUUAAAACUCCUUUCUACACUCCGUCACCCACAAAAGAGGAGUCAUCUCCUGCUUUAUGCCCUUUUAGUCCCUCUCCAUCUCCAGAUGUCUCGGGAUGUGUCUGCAACUCAAUAACUGAUUUAGAAGCAGUGAAUCAAAGAUUAAACCUAAAUGAUACAGCAAAAACGGAGGCCGAAGCUUCUCAUUUGCCUUACGGCAGACCCCUUGUCCUACAGAAACAGAGUACCUAUUGCCUCCUUUUCCAGAAUAAAUAUGUGAGUGGAUACAGUCAAAACAUCUGGAUGCCACUAUGGAGUUCAUAUACGAUCAGCAAAACACCGGGAGAUGCACCUUCUCUUCCUCCCACUGUUCCAGACUGUCUGCGGCCUGACGUUCGAAUCCCUGCAGCUCAGAGCCAAAACUGCUCCAACUACCAGCCAGACCUGAACAUCACCCACGGUUUCCUCUAUCCUCCCAACUUCAAUUCAUCUGGUCUUGAACAAUAUGAUGCCUUAGUUACCAGCAACAUUGUUCCCAUGUACAAAGAGUUCAAAAGAUUAUGGGAUUACUUCCAUAGUACACUACUUCCAAAAUAUGCUAUGGAGAGGAAUGGAUUAAAUGUGAUCAGUGGGCCUAUUUUUGAUUAUAAUUAUGAUGGACACUUUGAUUCUCUUGACAACAUUAUACAGCAUGUAACCAAUAUACAGAUUCCCAUCCCAACCCAUUACUUUGUUGUGCUGACAAACUGUGAGAAUCAGUCCAACACUCCACUGGGCUGCUUAGGCUCCCUGAAUGUUCUGUCUUUUAUUCUUCCUCAUCGUCCUGACAACACCGAGAGCUGUGCUGGACAGCUUCCAGAGCACCUAUGGGUUGAAGAAAGAAUACAGGCUCAUGCAGCACGUGUCCGUGAUGUGGAGCUUCUUACGGGUCUGGAUUUUUACCAGGGGAGGAAUCAGUCUCUCCCGGAAAUCCUGCAGCUGAAGACGUUUCUGCCAACAUUUGAAACGCUUAUUUAUUGAGCAUGUGUGGUUUAUUAGGGAACUUACAUCCUGGAUGCUGCCAGAUGGGUGGCUCCUAGCACUACCAGUCAAAAGGCAUGACAAUGCCACCUGGACUGCUUGUAAAACCCCAUGAAUGAAAGAGGGGGAUUGCACGAUACAAGCCUCAUCUGGAAGCACCUCUAGUUUUUCCUUGUUAGGUGGAAGAGAUAAUUAUAAACAUAAAUAAAUUGCAGACCUUCAGUUUAUUAAGACAGUAAAACAAAUACAGGAGGAAGAGGAAGAAAGAUUCAAUCAAUUUCUCCCAAGUUGCAGAUUCCACAUUGUUUCCUGCAGUUCUCCCCCCUCAUCCCUUAUGCCCAUUUUGAUGAUAACAAGAACUUCAGUUUCAAAAUAUAAACAAAAUAACACAAGAUAAAGAUUUGUAAAUCACAUUGUACAAUAAAAAGCAGUUGGAAUUAUGAAUAGUA